AUGGCAUCCAAGCCCACCAACCUUCCCCAGCUUCUCUGCUUAGCACUGCCUCUAUUCGGCCUGCUCACCCAGGCAGCCCCUAAUAAACUGGCCUCUUCUCCCAACAUCCAGCUGGAACCCCGCGGGGGCUCGCCCGACAAAGACGGGAUUCAAAACUACCCGCCCAGCUGCCAAAAUCCCUGCGACGGGGUGACCCCCAACGCGUCGGACCCCGUCUCUGGAACCUACUACUGCUCGUACUGCAUCUGCAACAACCGCUUGUUGGGUCCCGCCAACUUCGAGCCCGCCAGCAACUUCACCGAUUUCUUCAUCGACUGGAAACCCCUGGACAGCCAAUGCCCGCGGGACUGGCUCUGCACCUGGUCCAACUUCACCGCGGGGCCGUACCUCAACACGCAGUACUACUACCCCCAGAACGACGGGUUCAAAGGGUGCCCCGAGAACGUGACGCUGGAGGUGGGCACGCGAGUCGAUCGUUUCGGGUCCCCACGCGGCGGGUACCUGGCUACACCCGAGACCUCCUUCGCGCAACGAUCGAUCCCGCCCAGCAAUUUGAACAUUUUCAACGAUAGUACGCUGUACAACUACUGGCAGUAUGAGGUGCGACGACCCUUCUGGGCCUUUUAUGGCGAGGUGCUGCCGUGGUUUGGUCAGCCCGGUGGUGGGGAGCAGUGGUAUGUUCCCGCGGGACUAGGACCGCUGAUCGACAAUGGAACCCUGGUACUGGUGGCGGCCAAGACUUAUAAGGACGAUGGGUCAGAUGAGGAGUACAGGGCUGCCGCAUGGAUGCAGGCUGAAGGCGCGGUUAGGAUGAGCGAGAACGAGAUGUACCAUUAGACUGAGGUGAUUGGGCGCUUCGUCUAGG